GAAUGACGGAGAGGCUGGUGUGUAAUGUGUAUGUUCAUUUUGAAAGAGAGAGAGAGAGAGAGAGUGUGUGUCUGUGUGUGGGUGUGCGUGUGAUGAAGCAGGAGGCGAAAGACAUGAACGAUGACUUUCGAGCCAUGCUAAACGGCGACUCUGGGCAGGUCUCGAGCUCCAGAAUCUCAUCUCUAUUGGCGUCCAAAGAUCGUGAUUAUCUUCUUUCAUCAAACGGAGCUCAGGUGAAUGUGUCUGAUCUUGAAAGCAAGGUCAUAGGACUGUAUUUCUCGGCCAACUGGUAUCCACCAUGCUGGAACUUCACCAAAGUCCUAGUUGGCAUCUACGAGCAGCUCAAGACUAGUGGGUCUAAUUUUGAAAUUGUCUAUAUUUCGUCGGAUGAAGACUUGGAUGCAUUUAACAAUUAUCACGCAUGCAUGCCGUGGCUGGCAAUUCCGUUCUCUGACUUGGAGACAAAGAAAGCAUUGAACCGGAAAUUUGAUGUCGAGGGUAUUCCUUGCCUUGUUAUUUUGCAACCUAAUGAUAAUAAAGACGAUGCAACCUUGCAUGAUGGCGUGGAGCUCAUUUAUCGCUACGGUAUUGAAGCCUUCCCAUUUACUAAAGAGAGGUUGGAGACAUUGUACCAGGAAGAGAGGGAGAAGCAUGAGAACCAGACCCUAACCAAUUUAUUAACGAAUCAUGAUAGAGACUAUCUUUUGGGCCAUCCCAGCCCUAAACAGGUGCCUGUUGCUUCAUUAAUAGGAAAAACAAUUGGACUAUAUUUCUCUGCUCAGUGGUGCCUUCCAUGUGUAAAAUUCGCGCCCAAGUUAAUCUCCAUCUACCAAAAGAUCAAGCAGAUGCUGGGAGAGAAGGGAGAUGAUGAGGACUUCGACGUAGUGCUCAUAUCAAAUGAUCGUGACCAGGAGUCAUUUGACUCCUACUUCGAAACCAUGCCAUGGCUAGCUUUGCCUUUUGGGGACCCAGCUGGGAAGGACCUUGCUAAGCACUUUGACGUACGGGGUAUCCCCUGUUUGGUAAUCUUAGGCCCCGAUGGUAAAACUGUUACCAAACAUGGGAGGAACUUGAUAAACCUGUACCAAGAAAAUGCGUACCCUUUCACGGAGGCCAAAGUGGAGUUGCUAGAGAAACAGAUGAAUGAAGAGGCCGAGAGGCUUCCGAGAUCAGUUUUCCACUCCGGCCACCGCCACGAGCUGACUCUGGUCUCCGAAGGGAAUGGAGGAGGACCUUUUAUAUGUUGUGGUUGUGAUGAGCAAGGGUCUGGCUGGGCUUAUCAAUGCCUGGAAUGUGGGUACGAGGUACACCCCAAGUGUGUGAGUGCUGCUGCUGCAGAUCGUGACUCUUCAGACAAUAGUUGACUGGCAUGCAGUUUGUGUUGAUUCUAAUUAAGAACUUGGGUGCUAUUUGUUUGGGCCUUGAUUUUUGGAUUAUGUGUUGAUGUUUGCUGAUUUUGACGCGGGAUUUGGUAAAUUCCAUUGGAUCAUUGAUCCAUCUGGAUGCGUCUAAUUAUAUAUGAGUUUCCAACACGUA